AUGGCGGCCAGACGCAGACGGAAUUUUUCUCUUGCUAACAAACACAGUGUCCAUGCAGCUGUAUCGACUUUGUUCGUGCUAUGCCUGUGUUUUGGACAUCCAUGUUAUGCGAAACACGUUAAAGGAAAGUAUAAAACCGACGAGUUUUACAAGUUCAUUACCAAAUUCGCUUUUCAGGAGACAGACCCCGAAGAACGAAUAGCGACCGCAGGAUACAUAUUCGGAAAUAUUACAUUAGAAAGUUCUGGAAUAAUUGAAUCGGAUCUGAAAUUUGUCGCGUUAGACCAGGAAUAUUGGGCCGAUUACAGUGAACAAGUUAACAUACUGCCUGAACGACAAGCCUGUAUCGAUAUGUUUCGAUACAUCGGUAAAGUGGCGUACGAUAGGAAGUGCCUUCAAAAUGCAACAUUGGAUUUGACUCGGACGGUUCCAUGUCCCAAACGUGGUUUGUGCCUCGACGAGUAUGGGAGAAGUAAAGGAAGAGACGUUAUACCAGGAUACCAGUUUACUAUUCGCGUUGAAGACUUCAAAUCUCCCAGAUUCUGGUAUCUGAGCAUGGUAUCUUGUUAUCAGAACUGGACAAGCAAGGGAGCAAAACAAUGUACAUGGUAUCACAUGCCUCAUCAUGAUAUCUACAUCAACUACGACAUCUGGCUCGUGAACGGCAAUCCACUGGAUGACAACAAUUUACUCUUUUAUCAGUUCUCUUUUACAAUGCAAGGAAUCUUGGGACUGUACUUGGCGUUCGCUAUCUUAUAUAUACCGCUUCUGUUGUGUCACACCGUGGCACAUGCCAAACAGAUGCACGCCAUUGUCAAGGUCUUCACUCUGUGUAUGUAUAUACAGUUUGCCAGCAUCAUACUUAUAUUUAUACAUCUUAUCCUGUACUCGCAAGAUGGUGUUGGAAUUGAUGCCAUUCUACAGCUUGGUAAUGUGUUAGACAUGGCCACACAGUGUUUGUUUAUGCUGCUGCUGUUAUUGAUAGCCAAGGGCUGGACUAUCACCACAAUGGUCAUUACGCAGAAGAGAUUUAUGUUGAUUGUUUGGGCCAUUUAUUGCCUUCUCUAUGGUAUACUCUUCAUUUGGCAGAUGGUUGCUGUUGAUCCGACUUCAGAUUUAAACGAAUAUCAAUCAUGGCCUGGUGCUUUGAUUUUGUCAUUGAGGUGCAUCAUAUUAGUAUGGUUUUUGAUGGAGUUGAGAUCCACAUGCAAGCAAGAAUAUGUAGAGGCCAAACUGCGUUUUUAUCGUUGGUUUGGAGUAGGUUACAGCAUAUGGUUCAUUUACUUGCCGCUGACCGUUCUAAUCAUAUCGCAGACAUCCGCAUUAUGGAGACAAAGAACAGUAUCAGCUAUGAUGUUAACCGCCGACUUUAUUUCUAAUAUUGUGAUGGCAUUCUUGUUUUGGCCUACAAGAAGCUCUGUUUAUUUCAAACUUGGGAGCGCAGGUGAUGAGAACAGAGCUCUAUUGGAAAAGUACAGUCAUCUAUUUGAAUCAAUAUGA